UUUUUAGUUCUGGUUGAUUGUGUAUCUUGCGAGGGUUUCGAAAUCUUCGCUAAGGAUUCUAGAGGACCCGUUCACUGAUCAAAAUGAGAGGGAUUUUAGUUUGUGUGUUUUUAGCGUUCUGUAUACAAGCGCGGGUUUCUAGUGUUUGCUAUAUAUAUCGGGGAUUUGGACCGAAAUGCCCCGCAGAUGCACAGAUUCUGGACUCGUUCUAUUUGAAGGAUGUUUUCGUGGAAGCUCACAAUUUCUAUCGGAAUUUAGUUGCUUCUGGAUAUCUUCCUGGAUAUGAACCUGCUGCUCGUAUGGCUACUAUGGUGUGGGACGACGAACUUGCGCUACUGGCUGAAAAUAAUGUCAGAUCUUGUGAUUAUGAACAUGACAGCUGCACAACAACCUCGUAUUUCACCAGGAGUGGCCAGAACUUGAUUGCACAAUAUAAAGGUCAAUAUUACGACCCAAUUCAAUUCAUUCAGUCAAGCAUGCAAACAUUUUUCGACGAACACAAAAAAGCCGAUAUGAGCUACGUGUAUCAAUUCCGAGCUGAUAAUAGAUUCGAAGAAAUUGGUCACUUCACUGAAAUGAUACUGGACAGAAACGUUCGCGUUGGCUGUGCAAUCGUCCAAUUCACUGAGAAGGGAUGGACUCGUUUGAACAUGGCCUGCAAUUACGCUUCAAUCCAUAAACAAGGUCGACCUUUAUAUGAACCUGGACCACCAGCAUCUAGAUGCUUAACAGGGCCAAAUCCACAAUAUCCCGGAUUGUGUUCUACUUACGAAAACUUCGAUCCGAAUUGGAGGAAGAAAUAAUUCUGUGAUUUCUAGUCAAUUAGGAAAAACAAUGUAAAUAAAUUAGGAAAUUAAAGUUGAAAUUAAUCCAAUAAGUUCAA